CAAAGGAUGCAGUGGAGUGCAGUGAUAGUGAAAGUUCAAUUUCUGUCAAUUAAUUUGUAAUACUAGCAUAACAAGACAACAGAAAUUUGAAUAAAGAAACAACUUCCUUUACUCUUCUGCUUUUUGGUGUGUGUUCAUUUGAGUGCAUCGUUUUAUUCUCUUUGUGUGAUGUUCAAAUCAUUUCAGUGACCAUGAUUCAAGAUAGCUCCAGCAGUGAAUUUUAUCACCAGGAUUUUACCACUGCAUCUGAAUGGGAAAUAUUCAUUGCUCGCUUAGAAGAAAUAUUUUUUGAAUGGAAGCUCUCCGAGGUCAAAAUCAGUGGCAUUCCGCUCACAAGAAAUCAACUGUUCGAAGGUCCUUGGGAGCAGCAGAGCGACACAAUAAAAUUUUCAGAUGUCGAGUAUACAGUCACCCGUCACUUCCUGAAAUUAGAUAGCACCGACUCUGAAGACCCUCAAUUUACAGGGACAGAUUCAGGUGUGAUCAAGCUGCAAGCUCUUGAAGACAUGAUGUCUCCAGAGAACGACUUCUUACCAGUAGUUUAUGAAGAGAAUGUUAUGAGGCCGCACCCACUCGUCAGAUGGUAUGGUCUACGAGACUUCAUCACCAUUGUUCCUCCGUCCAAUCAGCCAGUAUGCAAUGAAGGCCGCAUAAAAAUGCUGCUCAGUUCUUUCUGCAUUGCUCUUAAUAAUAGUGAAUGCAAAAUUCCUUUGUUCAUUCAAGCAAAUGAACCGUGGCAGAACUUCUACUUGGGGAUUUGCGAGGGAAAAGGAAUUCGAGCAGAGUAUGAAACGGCGCAUUUAAGGCAUAUUCCACAAGGCUGUAAACAUCUAACAGGAAUUUUGCACGUUUUCAAGUCGAAGAUCGGCAGUCCAAUUCCCUUAAACUCAACGAUAAUAUCUGCUAGAUUCUCGUACUCUUUGCACAAUUGGACGAGUUUUGUCUGGCAAAUAGAACCUCCAGAUUUUGAUUCAAGUUAUAACGAUGCACAACUAUUGAGUCAAUUACCUUUUGGUACCACUUUCGACCCUGUCAGUAAGUUGAUGUUGUACGUCUCAUGGCCUGAACUGUUUGAAACUUCUGUGGUAGACAGUGAAAGUUACACCGACUUGGAGCCUCUACAAGCAAAAGAUUGGUCCGUCAGCGUUAAAUAUUAUGAGAACCCUUCUUGCUUACUGUCUGAUGCCUUGACUGAAUUUUUAGGAGUUUGCUCUGGAACUAGAACUGUUCAGGAAUUGAUUGGUGAUAUUAUUCAGAGGAAUCAAGCCCAAGCCCUAGAUCCUAGCAUACCCUUAUCUGUGUUAUCGGAGUCAAAAGUGCCCACUUUUUCAAAAAUACUAAAACAAGCUGCCAGCACUAUAGAUUAUGCAAGGAGUAAAGAAGGGCCAAUCUCAGAAGAAUUGCUCAUUCGAAUUUUGUACUACCUCUUUCCAGACGCAGAGAAUGAGCAGAAACAUCCCUACCCGGAAAGUUUUCCUACCAUCUGCGGGAAAGAAGACACUUCGGAAUCUAGUACCGAGGCAACGUGGCUGAAUGGUUUUAAGUCAGCACCAAGUGAUAGUUUAGUCUGGCGAUUAGCCACAGUUAUGUGCCAUGCAGCCCAUUCGCUUGGAGGCGCGAAAGCUGUUGCGCAUUUAUGGUAUGAGUUUACCCAAGAACUGAGAUUCCGGUGGGAGCGGUGCAUCUUCAUACCAGGGGUGGCUUUUUCGUUUCCUGAUAUGAAAACAUGUCUCCUAAAUCAGAAGUUACAGAUGUUGAACUGCUGUAUGCGGCGGCGCGAGGCCCGCGAGAAGAGUGUGAGCCAACCUCAAGAACUUAAAGAGGAAUUUGAGGAUUCGGUGGAGACGCAAGAAGAGGAAGAAGAAGAGGAGUUUUUCGAGUGCGACACAGGAUCGGACAUCGGUGAAUCCGGGACGCGGCGGUCACUGCGGCGCAAGGUCUCGGUGAGCCCAGCUCAACCAGCGGGACGCCUCUCCCGUCACGGGGAACUCAAGCUCAUCGCCACCGGGGACCCCCUCUACGUCCCCGUCACACAGGAGCCGAUCCCGAAAUCGGAGGACCAGUUGGAGGAGGACGCGGCGCUGCUGACGGCGCUGGGAACGGACAAGAUGGGCGCCGAGCUGCGAGCCCGGAUCAUGAGUGCGUCGCUGCUCUCGGAUAUGGAGGCGUUUAAGGCAGCCAACCCUGGUGCAGUGAUUGAAGAUUUCAUACGUUGGUAUUCUCCGAGAGAUUGGAUAGAGAGCGAUGAAAUUGACGAGUUUGGCCAAAAGAAAGGUCAACUAAGCGCACGGAUGCAACUGCCCGGCAACACUUGGCUGGAAGUGUGGCAAACAGCAAAAGCAAUUCCCGCAAGAAGACAGAAGCAACUCUUCGAUGAUGCGAGAGAGGCUGAGAAAGUGCUGCACUUUCUGGAUUCGCACAUCCUGGACUCUCGACCCCUCGCAAAUUUUGCUCAACUUCUACUACCAACCCUCUCUCACGUUGCCUUGUCGCAACUUCUGGCACACUCCAAAAAAAGUCAUAUCGAAGAGCUCAAUACCAGUUUGCGUAGUGUCUCAAAAAAAGCAGUUGCUCUGUCUAGAAGUGGAAAUAUUGAUUUGAAAAGAUAUCAGGACCUAAUCAACCAAAUGGCAAAUGUUGAAACUGUCAUAUCACAAUCUCUCUCUCUACAAUUCAAAUUUUGUCCCAAUGUGUUCCAAUCGUGCAACGAAGAGGACCCUCCAGGAGAUGAAGUAAAGAAAUGCCUAUCCAGUUUGCUUUUCAAACCGGAAACUGUCAUUCCCAGUGGCUCAAGAGGGGAAAUCGGAUCUAGAAUUGUCACAAUGUUCACCGAAGCACAUAAGGUGGCAGAAAUGAUAUCAGAUCCGGAGCCAGUUGCUGGUGAGCCUUGGGAUUCAAUGAGUUCAUCCAUGUGGGCUAACGCAGAGCAUGAGAAGGAAUUUAUUCUUCGCUCAACAGCUUUUCGCCCUGCAUCGUGUUCUGCACUAACUCCUCAGAGGCUCACUGUUCGCGUCAGCAAAGAGCAGUUUGCCAUGGCUGGGUGCUGGACUCAAGAUACUACUUUUCAGUGAAUUAGCCCAUCACAAACUUUAGGCUUUAAUCUGCACCGGCCUUGUUUUAACUGUGAUGUUUAAUUAUAUUAGGUUUAUUUAUUCCUAAAUUUUGUCAAUUUUAUUGAUGCUGCCCAUUUCUUGUGCUCAAGAAAACACAAGUCACAGUGCUAUCCUGAGUUUUAUCAUCAAUCAUUUCAUAUGAAUCAGAGUUUACUAUUUUUAAGGAAGUAAUUGUAUUCCUCUUUUCACAAUGGUUCAUCAGUUUAAGUGUCAAGUUAUUUGCCCUAUUUUUUUUUGAAACAGGGUAUCCACAACUCAACUCCCUGAAAGUUUUUCACAUGCCAGGGUGCAUAUUUGUGUAAAAAAAAAUUUAUCUACACAGGCCAUCUGUGGCUGGUAGCUUCUUUUAUUGCAAAUACAUUCAGCAAGAAAACUUGAAAGUUUAGACACCGUUAGAUUUUUGGCCAAUAUGCACCAGAAUUCCGAAUCAAAACUGAAUAUAGAGAGAAAAAAUUCACACGCGCAUUUCCCUCAGAGAGAUAAGUGCCUAGCAGUAUAUCUUUUUGUUGGAAAUUUUGCUUCCAUGAAUGUUUUCCCUCCAUAAUGUAAUUUAAAUUGAAUUCUAGCACACAUCAGCCAAAAAAUCAAUGGUGUCUAAAUGACAAGAGCUCACAAGCCUGCUCAUGGUAAUUUUAAAGUUGGCUGUAAGGCAUUCAAUUGAGUAAAAUAAUCAUGGAAAUAUUAUUUAAAUGAAAAAAAUUAACCAUAGGCUUUUACCAGUCUUAGUGCAUCAAUUUUUUGUUUUGUUCCUGCCUCAAAGUUUUUCAGUAUUUUUAGAGGAAGUUAGUCAAAAUUUUGGGAAUUUCAGUCGUAAAUUUCUGGUACCUUAGUUUCCUUUAAAAGGAUUUGCAUACCUGAAGAAAUGAAACGUAAUUCCUGCGUUUGUCUUCCUGAGAUCUGAUUCCGAAGCUCAGUUUAUAUCAUUAUCAGGGGUAGUGUAACUACCCUUUAAAAGUUUAAGCUUAUCCACAAAAAAAUUAUCCAUCUGCAUUUUAACCGUGGAGAAAAAACUUUCUCAGCAGUUUUUAACCUUUACUAUUUAUGUAAAAGCAUGGUUUUUUUUUCAAAUUAUGGUUUGAAAUUUACUUUAAAUCAUAAAAUAUUCUCUUCGGUUGCUUUAAUUUUGGGCAAAGUCAUUUCUUGUCUUUACCAGAGUAGGAAUGGCAAGAGGCAGUGUUGACACCAUUUUCAAAAAUUCAAAAUAGUUUUCCUCAUCAUUUUUUUUAUGUAUCUUGAAACCAACUUUUCUUCAGAGCUGCUUUCUACCAUACAAAAUAUUGCUACUGCAACAUCCCCUUAAUUUUUAUAAAAUCAUCGGCUCAUUCGAUUUCAAAUAAUAGAACAUUAUAUUAAUCAUCAAGGCAACGUCUUGUAAAAUUUUUCAAAAACUACAGUGGAUCUUUAGUGGAGUCUUUUGUCUGUCUUAUUUUUAGGAAUUAUUGUUAAGUUUUAUUUAUUUACAUAGUUUUCAUAGUUGCAAUGUGAUAUUAGGAUGAAAGUAUAUGAACAAAAAAAUCUAUCAUCAGUGCUAUGUAUACCUGAGUUCAAAAUUAUCAAACUUUCAGCUUAGUUUAGUCGUAUGGUUCAUAUUUCCCCCAAAUUCUUAGUCCAGAAUGUGAGCUUGUUUACUUUCUUGCAUUUAAUAGUUUGUAUUUCAAAUAAUUUACUCUGUAACAGUGACCGGAUUUGUAAAGAGAGAACUUAUAUUUCAGGAGAAAAUUUUCCUCAAAUUUUUUUAAAAACAUAGACCACCUUUUUUUUAACAACCUAUGAAUUUUUGUCUUCGAACUACAAGGACUCGUAUCUCCCUCAAUUCGUGAGCUUUUAAGGUCAAACUUAUACCCAAGUUUUCUGACUAUCUUCCUCCAUACUUUUGCAAAAAGUCAAGAAAAAGGUUCUACCGGAAGAUAAGGUCAGUUAAAUUUUGACCAACAUUAUAUCUUAUUCAGCUUAUCUGGGUGGCUUAUUUUAAUUUCAAAUAAGGUUUCACACAUCAGGUCACAAAUAUUUUUUAAAAUAUUUUUAAAGUGUACAAGCGCACAAAUUUAAUCGAACAUUUCCUAAUCUCUGUUGAAUGCGUGACAAGAUUAAUAAAGUAGAUUUUCACGCACUCAGUCAUAUUUAACCUGAAACAACCAAGGUAGUUACAUUAGACUUUGCUUAAUUUCCUCUCAUGUUUUAUUUUUUCAAUAGAAAACAAACCGAUAUUUUAACUUAAACUUUUUUGAGAAUGCUCCUCAUAAUCCAGGAGAAAUAUACAGAAAGUUUCAAGGCGGUAUAUCGUUUGGUUCUCUGUUAAUAAAUGUGGACUUGAGAUGAAAUCAGGCUGCAAGAAAUGUUUUGAAAGAUUUAGAUUGAUUUAAGAUAGAAGAUUAGAUUGAAAUUUUUAGAUUGAUUCAGGUCAAAUAUUUCCCGUUGUUCCGGCAGCUCUAUGAAUAUUGUAUGUGAACUUAAGAGCUCUGAAAUAAUUUAAUCUUCCAGAAAUGCUACAUUCUGUUAUGUAUUUAUUUUAUACUUUUAUUUUCUUAAGUAUGUACCUAGGGAGUUCAGAUUUGUUAUUUAUUUAUGAUUUCGUUCAAUUUAUUGUGCAACUGCUAACAUAAAAAAAUGAAUUGCUAACAUUUAAAAUAAAAUGAAAGGAAGAAAAAACUGUUGAAA